AGCUUUCCUCAAAUGGGCUGUUGUUGAGCUCGGUCAGACGCCCAGAGGUCAUCGAGCUCCUCUCUGCAGCUCCUGCGGCUCCUGCGGCUCACAGCGUCCCGAACCCGCGGGAGCGGGGACUCUAACAAUGGUCUUUCUGCUACCGGAAAUACAAAUGCAACUUCUGUUCCGGUCUGGGUAUGGUGGAUCCAAGAAAGAGGCAGCAGGCAGCGAGGAGUUUGGAAAACCAAAUACUUCUUUACUGAAGUGAGUACAAACGCAGUACAAACAACAUGCCCUUUCCAUGAGAAAAAAAGGUGUAUUGCAACAUUCAGAGUAACACUACUUUCUAAAUCAGAACUAAUAUACCUGAAACAUAAAUACGUACCGGUUUGGAUUUCAUAACUGAACCAGAAAGAGUUACGUAUAUUGUGUAGGUUUUCACAGAUGUGUGUUGCUAGCGCAGGGAAGAACAUGUAGACAUAAAUGCAGAAUGCAGCUACCGAUAUUAAAUUAAAAAAAUCAGACAUGAAGCAAAAAGUUCAAGGCUGCAAUAUGAAAAAAUAAAAGGGCUUUAUUAAUUACCAACACACGACACGUAUUUGUCUCAAUGUCUAUAUAAGGACCUAAAGAUCCUUGUUGUUAUUGUUUAAUCACAUACGGAGGCUGUUCUGCUGGAUAAGGUCAUCCAUUUUAUCAACAGUUCAUCUCCAUUCAUUAGAGAACCGCCUACACAUGAGGACCUAUUUUAUGAAAUGGUUUACUUGGCUGCACCAACACAAAUGGUUCCGCGACUGGACUGUUGCCAAGCAACACAUACACAUGUCCUUCGCACUAUCUUGCUGCUCGGCACCAUGGGACGUCUCCCAGUGACGUAAGAGUCUGUUAACGCUGCGGUGAUGCGUUCCCGGCGAUCGGAAGCACCUGCAGACCAGAGGGAUAGUGAUACACUGGCAGCGCGGAGGGAUACAAGAGUAAUACACCUGCAGAGCGGAGGGAUACAAGAGACAAACACCUGCAGAGCGGAGGGAUACAGGAGUGAUCCGCCUGUAGUUAGAUCCCCAGACUGUUAUACUCUAGAUCAAGAUCAGUGCUCAUGAAAUGCCUCGUGUCCGAUCAAAUUGCUUGAUCGAAAAUAAUUGAUUUUUUUCUUUUUCUUUUAAACCUACUUUGUGAGAGUGUCAAACAGACAACCGCUGCGGCUGCUGGGACUACGAAUCCCACAAUGCACCGCGCCGACGUGAUGUGUGAAGUGUCGUGCGGAGUGCGGACGUGAGAGACGUGCGUGACAGCUUUCCUCAGAUGGGCUGUUGUUGAGCUCGGUCAGACGCCCCGAGGUCAUCGAGCUCCUCUCUGCAGCUCCUGCGGCUCCUGCGGCUCACAGCGUCCCGAACCCGCGGGAGCGGAGACUCAGCGACCGCCUCAGAGUGAGAGGUGUACCGACCCUUCGACCCUGGCUGCCGCCGCGGCUCGCGGAGCCCGCUCGGCAUGAUACCAGGGUACGACAUGCGGAGCUCCGUUGUGCAGCGGGUCGCCCGCCAGGCGCUCGCCACCUUCCGUUGUGUCGAGGAGGCCGGCAGAGGUUUCCCGGAGCAGCAGAGCAAACUGCGGGCUCUGCUGAAUGAGGUUAGGGCGGCGGACCUGCGUCUGGUGGAGCCCCGGGCCGGGGCCCCCCAGCCGCCGUACCCCGGUGGCCCUCCGCCGGUUACCUACAUGCACAUUUGCGAGACGGACGAGUUCAGCAUGGGGGUGUUCCUCCUGAAGCGCGGGGCGUCCAUCCCCCUCCACGACCACCCGGGGAUGUACGGUAUGCUCAAAGUCAUGUACGGCAAGACGCGGAUCACGUGCUUCGACCGGCUGGACCUAUCUCCGCUGUCCGGGACUCCCACCGGCCCGUCCGGCUCGCUCCGCCGUUCGGUGCUCCGGUCCACCGGGGAGUACACCGAGCACAGUGGCCCGUGCGUCCUCGCCCCCCACCGGGACAACCUCCACCGGAUCGAUGCGGUGGAUGGACCCACGGCGUUCCUGGAUAUCCUGGCCCCCCCAUACGACCCUGACGACGGGAGAGACUGUCACUACUACAAGGUGGUCCCGGGGGAGGCCGGGGCCCCCCAGGGCUCAGAGGUCUGGCUCAUGGACAUCUCCCAGCCACACGACUUCUGGUGCGGCUCGGAACCCUACCCCGGUCCCGCAGUGGGUCUCUAAAGACCAGGAGGCCCCUCAUCCCCUCGGAUUCUUCAGAACUAGAAGGUCCUCAGCAGCAGACUUACGGAGGCACUCAAUAUAAACCUCUUCCAUGUUCUCAUAUUGUUCUUAUCUGAUCCAGUUCUGUUGGCAAAAUAAACGCAACUUAAAGCAUUUAA